UCCCCUUCAGGACCAGCGCUAGCUGUGCAGGCUCCCGCAGUUCUUCCACAAGCAGCGAACGACGCCGGCGAAAGUCGGGACGAGGCGCCGAGCCUGUUGGAUAGCCUCCUGUGGAUGGCGGCGCCCAAGAAAAGACGCACGAUCGAGGUGAACCGCUGCAGGCGGAGGAAUCCCAACAAGCUCAUAAAAGUGAAGAGGAACAUUGAUGUUUGUCCUGAGUGUGGAAACUUGAAACAGAAACACGUCCUUUGUGGCUAUUGCUAUGCAAAGGUCAAAGCAGAAACUCGGUUGGUACGGAUAGAAAUAGCUAAAAAGGAAGGAGGACCCUUUAACACUCCAACUGUAGAGACUGUUGUCCUUUAUGAGGGAGAAAAGUGCUCAGAGAAGGAUGAAGGCAAGCGGAUCAUUGAAAGAGCUAGGAAGCGUCCGUCUUGGUUUGUUCAAAACUGA